UUGCCCAGAUGUCUCCACCUUAAUCAAUAAAUCCCGCUAAUUUUGUUUUCAUAUUUUUGUACUGAUUGAUUUUGGAUUGCCUUGCAAAUUGCAAUCAAGAUUAACGAAAUUUAGCUUAAUUAAUUUCGAGCGAGUUUGUGGCGGAUGGUGUGUGAAAGAAUAUAGGCAAAUGGCCUCCAACGAGAUAUUAAAUUCCGAUAGUAUUUCCGGUGAUAGAGCGAUGCCGGUCUCAGGACUUCAUGAAAAGCACCGACAAGAUUUAGAUAAUUUGACUCUGACCUCACAGCCCUUCAAGACAUUAAGGCUCUUUAUUCUGGCUGUUAUGCAGUAUAUAAGAAAAUCCGUGGCAUAUAUGUUAUCACAUGUAGGUUGGUUAAUCCUGUUGACUGCUAUCGUUGUUGCCAUCGGCACACUAUUCGUGACUGUCGAGGGCCCUCAUGGGAAGCAUGUCAAGGAAAUUCAGCGUUAUGUGCAGUUUAUGCUGUGGUGGGUGGCUCUUGGAGUCGCAUCAUCCAUUGGACUUGGAUCUGGAUUACACACUUUCGUUCUCUACCUGGGACCUCAUAUUGCAUUCUUCACUAUAAAAGCAAUAAAAUGUGGCCGAGUGGACAUCAAAAGUGCUACAUAUGAUACAAUACAAUUAAAAAAAGGCCCUUCGUGGCUUGGGAAGAAAUGUGCCGACUUUGGGCCCCCGUUGUAUCCGCCAUCAGACAGUGUACGUAUCCCACUCAGUAGGAUAUUGCCCCAGGUCCAGUUGGAGGCCAUUCUAUGGGGGCUCGGCACUGCACUUGGUGAACUUCCUCCCUACUUCAUUUCAAGGGCAGCUCGCUUGUCCGGUGACACAGUAGAUGCCAUGGAAGAAUUAGAUGCUUCCUCGGCAGAAGAUAAGGGGUUCUUAUCAACUCGUCUGAAUCAAAUAAAACGUUGGUUCCUGUCGCAUGCUCAAUAUCUGAACUUCUUCACAAUCCUCAUUCUUGCUUCGGUACCGAAUCCUUUAUUUGAUCUUGCAGGAAUAAUGUGUGGACAGUUCGGAAUUCCUUUCUGGGAAUUUUUCUUGGCAACGGCGAUAGGCAAAGCAAUUAUCAAGACUCACAUUCAGACAGUGUUCAUCAUAUCCGUAUGCAACAACCAACUGCUUCAUUGGAUGGAAAAUGAACUGCUUUGGCUGUCUAGCAAACUACCCGGUUCCAGUUCCGUUAUGCCUAAGCUUAUCGCCAAUCUCCAUUCUGUGAAAAACAAGUACUUGUCCACAAAACCUGAGCCUCCCACUAGUGUCAAGGCGGCGAAAUGGGAUUUCUCGCUGACAUCCAUUUGGAACACUGUGGUGUGGAUCAUGCUAAUGAACUUUUUUGUAAAGAUUGUGAAUUCAACUGCACAGAGCCAUCUAAAGAGAGAGCAAGAUCAGGAAAUUGCUGCAUUGAAGAACAGGUCGUCGGAGUCAGAGCUUUCUAAUAACUGAUCAUUCACAUUUUCCAUGAUUUUUGUCUUAUUUUUCAUUUUUCGUGGUUAUCUCACGACUUUAAUAAUUAGGUUUGUGGUUUAGGAUUCUUGGGUGAUAUUUAUACACAUUCACCAUUGAAGGCUUGAAGCCCCUGAUUUAAACAUGUAGCAGAAGAAUGUCAAGCCCUUUAAAGAAAUUGUACAUAAAUGCAGGAUUUUUUAGUGUGA